CGCACCCCGCACGCGCGCGCGGCUCUCCGCCGUCCGUUUUCGUGCUCCGGAGAUCCGGCCUCAUCCGCCCCGCCCGCCCUCGUCGUCUCCUCCCCCACUCCCGUCUCGUCCGCUUUCUUUAAUCAAUCCCCCGCGCCCCCUCCCAACCCCAAGCAACCUCCACUAAUCCCUUCCGUCCCCUGCCUUUCCCUUUUCCUUUCCUUCGGCAACAAUGGACGGUGGCGGCGAUCUCACCACGCCCGGUUGCUGCACCGGCGGUUCUUGCAGCGGCGUGCGGGUUUUGCGGUCGCGUGUGGAUUCGGUUUGACCGGUCCGCGACCUGGCCUCGUCUUGGUUGCUGGUUCCCUUCUCGGUGUUCUUGGCGCUGGUCUGGGCUCUGGGGCGAUCGGAACACACUUGGGCUCCUGCUUCGCGAGGUACCCGACGAUCUUCGCCGGAAAAGUGCCCCACUCCUUGUACCAUUGAGACUAGUCUGCAGGCAGGCCCAUGUGUUAACAACCUCUGAGCACAGGGCGUGUCCUGAUGUGUAACAAGAUCCUAUUUUGGUAAUUCUGGACUUGUAUUUCUCUUCUGAAAUUUCUUGAAAGAGGUAUUUAAGAAAAUCCACAUAGUUCUGUGACGGUGGAUGGUGGUCAUGGAAGGGACAGUAAUCAGAAUAGCUAGCGAGUCAAAACCAGGCAAUGAGCUAGACUCUUUGACAGAACUGCCUAGAUCUAUGGAGACUUUAGUAGCGCAUCAUCAUGAAGUAGAAAAAUUAAUUGGACUUGAAGAUGACACAGAGUUAACACCUUGUGAAGGAAUGGAAUUUGAGUCUGAAGAUGCUGCAAGGGAUUUCUACAGCACAUAUGCAAGAAAUGCUGGUUUUCGGAUCCGGAUCAGCAGGUAUACUCGCUCGAGACGUGAUAAUUCAAUCAUUUCUCGUCGUAUUGUGUGUUCAAAAGAGGGAUUUCAUGAAACCCGUGCUUGCGAUGGCCUCCAUUCUGACCAAAAACAGCAAGAACGGGCAGGUACUAGAGUUGGUUGCAAGGCCAUGAUAAUGAUUAAAAAGUUUGGUCCCGGCAAAUGGAUGGUUACCAAAUUCGUAAAGAACCAUAAUCAUGGACCAGUUCCACCAAGAAAACUUGAUUCUGGGCCAGCAAACCAGAACGGUGAUCCAAUGGAGAAGCCACAUUCUAUUGAGAUGGGCCCUGUUGAGGAGCCAUUUGAGGGUAUGGAAUUUGAAUCAGAAGAAGCUGCAAAAUUAUUCUAUGUAAACUAUGCUAGGCUAAAUGGUUUUCGUGCACGUAUUAGCAGAUACUGCCGUUCAAGGCGUGAUAAUUCAAUCAUUUCUCGCCAGAUUGUGUGUUCCAAGGAAGGAUUCCGUGAAGUUCGAACCAAGAAAGUGGUGACAGAUGAAGGGAAAACAAAGCGUCCGAGAAUGAUAACUAGAGUUGGUUGCAAAGCUAUGAUUGUAGUGAAAAAGAUGAACUCUGGAAAAUGGAUGGUUUCUAAAUUUGAGAAGGAGCAUAACCAUUCUCUGUCAUAUUCUAAAAUGGUCCCUAUUACCUCAAACAAUACUUCUGGAGAAGUUGCUGAUUUCACUGCAAAGAGUGCAGAUCCUAAUGAUGUAAAAAAUGAGGGAUGCAGUGCAGGAACCCAAUGUAAUCCUGCGGAUUCCCUCACUGUCCUUUAUAACAAUUUAUGUCAAGAGGCGUUAAAAUUUGCAGAAGAAGGGUCAGUCACAGAAGAAAUUUACCAUGUGGCAGUUUCUGCCUUGAAGGAGGCUGCAAAAAAGGUUGCUGAAGUCAAAAGGAGUCGUCCGGCAUUGCCAAAUCGUGAUCUUAUUAGUGAAAGCAAACAUGAUGUCUUUCAGGUUCAAACUAUGAGUACUUUGCAAUGUUCAACUCAGGUUGAACUGAAAACAACAUUAUCCAGGAGGCCGCUUCAAGAGUCUGCCUCCAAUCUUUUGCUGGUACCAACCAACAUUAUAACUGAUUCAAGGUUAUAUAAUCGUGUUGACAAUGUUCCUCUAUCAAGUGAUUUCCUAAAAAAUGGGAGACAAGGUAGGCAUGCAACAGAAGGUUCUUUUGUGCAUUUUGAGAACAUAAAGGAGACAUCUACGCAAAAACCUCAGAACACUAGCUCUAAUCAAGCCAUCCAUGGAAAGGAUGAAGGUAUCCAUGGAUCUUCUGGAGAAACCAUGGUUGCUAUUCCUGCAAUACCUCUUGCGCUGUGCAUGCCUGUGACACAGAACUUGCCUCGAUCUUCUGCAGAUGGGCCAUACAGAUUGUUGGCUGCACCUAUUGAAGCAGUUCCGAUUUCAUACUGUCCUGCAGAACCCAUCAGGCAGCCACAAAGAGGUGUUUGUGCUUUAGGUCCAUUUGCAGGUGUUCUGUCUGAACUGAACAAGCCAGGAACAGGUCCAAAUUCUCUGGUUCAUGCUACAGCUCUUGCUUGUGGUGCGCGUGCUGUUCCUCUUGAGGAGGCAGCUUCACUUAUCAAUGCCGUUGAAUCAAAGAUCAGAUCUGGAGGGGCCAUAAUAGCAAAGAUGCCUUCAAGCAACCUGACAUCUCCGUUUCCUCCAGCUAUCGCCAUGUCAUCUUCCAGUGAAGAUGAGGAGAAUGACCACAGUGAGCCCCUAAUGGUGGAUGUUGAUCGUAACUGCCACGAUCAGAGCUCUGACGAAAUGAAGCUCCAAAGCGAGCCAUCAGAGUUGGAAACUGAAGCUGACAACUGAUCUGUGCGACCUGAAGCUGUAAACCAUGAUCAUAUCGAUUGCUAACAGCUACGAAGUGAAGGAUUGUAUCUGUUCUAAAGAUCAUAGCUUCCCUGUAAGGUGUGGUGGAUUUAUUCUAUGAUUUAAGAAAUUUUUGUAACAUUGAACUAGGAUUCUCACCACUUCAUUCUGUUGAGUCUACUAUAUGAUGUAAUUAGAUUAACUGAAAUCAAUACCUCCAGUGGAGAAUUUGUAAAAAUGACCAACCAUACUGUGUAGAUUUCUUCAUGUAACGGAAAAUGGAUAGUGUUUAUAAUCCA